AUGGUACACAUUGCGAUCCCCAAGCAUUAUACAACUUCGCCAUCGAGCUUUAGUCACACUCCAUCGUUGACUAUCAAUCGUGAAGUUGCGCUAGAUCUUGAUUCUAGCAAUGCAUUCGAAGGCCCCGAGAAACUCUUAGAAGUAUGGUUCAGUCCAUCGCCUGAUGCCCUCCAGGGCUGUUCGGAGUCCAAUGGCCUCAAGGCCGUCCCUGCGGACGUCUGGAAGACGAUGCUUGAUCUGGUCAACUGCAAAGUCUUGUCCAUCAUUGAGUCCGAAGAUGUUGAUGCUUACCUGCUCUCCGAGUCGAGCAUGUUCGUCUUCCCUCACAAGCUUAUCUUGAAGACUUGCGGGACAACCACCUUGCUUUGUGGACUGCCACGUAUCCUCGAAAUCGCGGUCCUCUUUGGCGGCUUUCCACGUGCGACAGCUCCACCAUCCAACGCCAUCGCCGUCGCGGCGGCUCCAUACCGGGUUUUCUACAGUCGCAAGAACUAUUUAUUCCCUGACCGCCAACGUGGCCCACAUCGCAGCUGGCGUGAUGAAGUGUACGCCCUUGACAAACUCUUUGUCGGGGGGUCUGCGUACAUGAUUGGCAAGAUGAACGGCGAGCAUUGGUACCUGUACUUGACAGAACCAUACACCAUGUUGACGCCACCAGCAAGCCCACAGAGCAUGGGCAGUCCUGGGACGGAGACCAAAAUCCUGGAGUUACCGUCGACGCUGGUGGUCGAUCGUGGUUCGAAGGUGUGCGAAGGUGAAGACGAAACUCUCGAGAUCCUCAUGACUGAUUUGGACGAGGAGAAUGCUCGACAAUUCUACCUCGACCAUGCGAGUGCGGUCGCAGAAGAUCAGUGGAGAGGAUCUCAAGGAGGACGAGACGAUCACAUCGAUGUAUUCAGCAAUGCAUCCUCCGACGACAGCGACAUUUCUCUCAAGGAGGAAGCCCUUCCCUCUGAACUCACCACCGAAGGGCACGCUCUCGGCACCGUGGUAUCGGAGUCGUGCGGCCUGUCCAAUGUCUAUCCGACAGACAAGUAUCCGGAUGCUCGAGUCGAUGCGUAUCUCUUUACCCCAUGCGGAUUCUCGGCCAACGGAGUCAUCCCAGCCCCCAACGGGGAGAAGGGAACUCACUACUUCACUGUUCACGUGACUCCAGAACCAAUCUGCUCUUAUGCAUCUUUCGAGACCAAUGUCCCUUGCGGCCAGAAGGGUCGUGAAACGGCCGACAUCAUCCAGCAUGUCGUGGACAUCUUUAAGCCCGGCCGGUUCACCGUCACUCUUUUCGAAGCUACGGCGACCUACGAGGAAAAGGCGUAUGCUGACCAUGAUGAGCUGGCUGAAAUCAGGAUGUUGAAGCGACAGGCUGCUCGUCGCAAUACCAAGAUGGAUGCCAUCAAAGGGUACCGUCGCGUCGAUCGUAUCGUUCACGACCUUGACGGCUACGACUUGGUCUUCCGAUACUAUGAGCGCAACGACUGGAAGGGCGGAGCUCCACGAAUUGGGGAGUAG